AUGGAAUUAUUAACAGACGAUCAAAAGAACGAAUUUCAAACAUGUUUUCAACAAUUUGAUAAAGAUAAUGAUGGUCGUUUAAAUCCAAAAGAAUCAGUUAUGGCAUUAAAAUCAUUAGGUGUAAAUUUACCAGAAAGUGAAGUUUCAGCAGGUACCGAUUUCAAUUCAUUUUUACAAGUUGUUGUUAGAAAACUUCAAAUUACUGAUCCAGCUGAUGAAUUAAAAAGAGCAUUCAACUGCUUUGAUCAAGAAGGUACAGGAUUUAUUUCAGCUCAAUAUUUAAAACAAAUUCUUGUAAGUUUAGGUGAUAUCCUAACAUCACAAGAAGCUGAUGAAUUAAUUAGAGAUUGUGAUACCGAUCAUGAUGGUUUUAUUAAUUCAGAUGAAGCUACUAAAUUAAUUCUUUCAAAAUUAACUUAA